CACCGUCACACCAUCGCCGCCACCGCCGAAUAGUCGCAGUCAGUCGCGGACGCGGUCGCGUUUUAACCGUUGUCGUUCGUCGUCCCGUUCCGCCUUCGUCGUUGUUGUCGUCCUCGCAGCCGUGCCGUUUUUUUUUUUUUUAUCAUUAUUUUUUGUUUUCCCAAAUCUCGACGUUAUACACAGCCGCACAGGAGGUAUUAUUAUUCGCCUGAAGAGCGAACGUUCUCCCUCGCCGACGGUAAAUAGUAUAUAUUAUAUUUAUAAUAAUUCAAUAAAUCGUGCGCCGUUGUUGUGGUCGUGUUCCUGACUACCGUUUCGUCCUGCCGUCCACCACGUACCGCGGGUGUUAGUCUAACGGAUUACCGGGAUAACGUUUAGAACGCCAGCGCGCAGAGGACGCGACGUCGUCGACAGCAGGAUCUGAUAAAAUUUCGCCCGCGAGACGAUAGCGACAUGGCGCGCGCCCCCGCCCAUCACCUUCGCGCCCACAUCCGUCAUCACCGGGACUACGUCGAAUGCCAACGGUUUUACGCGGUCACGUAGUACACAGCGGCCCGGCGCGCCCGACGACCACUGCUGCAGUAGGCGCUACGGCGUCGUCGUCUUUUCGGUGCUCGCGAGACGCCGCGAUGCUACUCCGUCCCGUCGUCGGCCCGUCACCGCGGCGGUCACUGUUCUGAGACCAUGGCCGACAGCGACACCAGAAUGUGGGGCCACAGCGUGCAGGUAUCGUCCGGCCCGGUCACCGUCACGUCCAUCAAUCUGAUCGCUCCUCAUCUGCAGCCCAACGCGCAGAUCACCACGAUAAAAGAGGAACCUCACGACAAGGACAGUACAAUGACCGAAAUAAAAGAUGACAUCAUCGAUGAAGUCGGUUCUGAAUGCGAUAGGGAAGUAAGUAAGAUCGACUUCUCAGGAGUUACUAUGAGAAGUAAAAAAAUGAGAGCAGUUGAAGAAAACAUGCCUCGACCAAUGUCCUGGGAAGGAGAACUAUCCGAUUCGGAAAUGAAACAAGAAGAAGAUAGGACAGUGGAUGUACAGACAGCGAAUCAAAAUUAUUUACUACCACGAAAUGAAAAUGUAAAUAACCAGCAAACGUCCCCAGUUAAACGAAUUAUUUAUAAUGAUAAUAACUUGGUUGACCGAGUGAUGGAGCAUGUCAAGAGCAAAGUAACUUCGUCGAACAACGACAUUCCGUUACUUGUUGAUAAAUUGUUAGGUGGCGGUUACAGCCCAUUACUUCAACAUAGAACAAAUGGAAUCAAACAGACAUCACACAUUCCACCGACUCAAAGCCCAGACUCGGCCAUACACUCUUGUUGUUCACCUGCACAGUCACCAAUUACUUCCAGACAUAAUCCUCCGUCAUCCUCAGGGUUUUCGUCCCCGUCUACGUUUACACCAUCGUCAUUGUCGAGGAAUAAUAGCGAUGCUUCGCAAUAUGGUGGAUCACAGCAUAGUUCUUGUUAUAGUCAAAGUUAUUCCUCAUUGUCUGUUUCGCCUACACAUUUUUCCCCAACACAAUCACCAAUACAGCCAAGGCACAUACAAAGAAAUUUCCAUGAAUAUACUGUGGCAGAGGAAACCAAUGGCUAUGAAGAGAAAUUGUCUAUGUCUGACAUUGGUCAACAACAUGGUAUAACAUCAGGUAUUUCAAGACAACAACUGAUAAAUAGUCCUUGUCCUAUUUGUGGUGAUAAAAUUUCCGGUUUUCAUUAUGGCAUAUUUUCAUGCGAGAGUUGCAAAGGAUUUUUCAAACGCACUGUACAAAAUCACAAGAACUAUGUGUGUCUACAUGGUUCAACAUGUUUGAUCACAAUAGCUACACGCAAGAAGUGUCCAGCUUGCCGCUUUGACAAGUGCUUGAACAUGGGUAUGAAACUAGAAGCAAUCAGAGUUGAUAGAACAAGAGGUGGGCGUAGUACCUAUCCAUUUACUUACACUAUACCACCUUCCAAUAUGCAGCCACAGCAUAGUGGACAGCACUCUGGAAUGAGCACUAAUUCUGUAGACAAUAAAGUCAAGCAGGAAGAAGGAGCAUGCAGGACCCCACCCCAAGAAACAGCCAGACUGAUCCCUCAAUUAUUGCAAGAAAUAAUGGAAGUGGAACAUUUAUGGACUUAUAACGAAGGAUCAUUUGAAUCAUCAAAUGCUAGUGGAAGUUCUAUGAACCAUUGUGGUGGUGCCAAAGAAUUAGCUAAGAGUCGCUUAAUGGCUGAGAAUUCAGGAACAGAUUUUCUUUCUAAUUUAUGCAACAUUGCUGAUCAUCGGCUAUACAAAAUAGUCAAGUGGUGUAAAUCAUUACCCUUAUUUAAAAACAUUUCGAUUGAUGAUCAGAUAUCGCUAUUAAUAAAUGCCUGGUGUGAGCUAUUGUUAUUCAGUUGUUGUUAUCGAUCAGUUAGCAGCCCUGGAGAAAUACGUGUUAGUCUGGGCAAGUCUAUUUCUUUAGAUCAAGCAAGAGAAUUAGGUUUAGCACCUUGUAUUGAGCGCAUGUUGAAUUUCACACAGCACCUGAGACGUUUGAGAGUAGAUCGUUAUGAAUAUGUAGCCAUGAAAGUCAUUGUACUAUUAUCAUCAGAUACAAAUGAUCUGAAAGAACCAGAAAAAGUUCGUGCGUCUCAGGAAAAAGCAUUACAUGCUCUACAACAGUAUACUCUGACACAUUAUCCGGAGAUGCCAUCCAAAUUUGGAGAAUUGUUGUUAAGAAUACCUGAUUUACAACGUACUUGUCAGGUUGGUAAAGAAAUGUUAUCAAUUAAGAGUAAGGAAGGAGAAGGGCAAAGCUUCAAUCUUUUAAUGGAGUUAUUAAGGGGUGAUCAUUAAUAGUUAUUAUUAUUAUUAUUAUUAUUAUUAUUAUUAUUAUAUAAACGUCUGUGAAAGUAUUUCUAAGUUUUUAUCUGUAAUAUUUAUCUAAGAAGUUAUUAUAAUUUCUGUAAAUAUUUAGAAAUAUUUAAUGUAAUAUGAAAUUUUGUGUACCAAACCUACACAAUUUUGUUUUUAUGACAUUUUAGGUAAUUUUUACCUCUAUUCUAUUAUUGGAUUAAACUGAAAUCUAAAAAAUUUAGAAUUGUAAUUUGUAGAUAUAUUUUUCUAAUUUUAAUAUUUUUUAAGUAUAAAAAAAGUUAUAUUUAAAACAUAAAUUCAGAACAGUCUGAAUACUGUGAUCUUAAAAUAGAAUUAACAUUAUGUGUGUAAAUAAUGAAUAUAUUAAUUAUAAAUCUCCAAUUAUAUGUAGUACAGGGUUUUAUUGUUAAAAAACUCAUUUUUUUUUUCAAAUUCUAUCAGUGUUCGGUAUUGGUUAUUCUUUUAGAAUGCCGCGUACUUAAUAAUAUAAUACACAGUGAUGGGCUGGCUGUCUUCUAUUUCAAUUGAUUGUACUUAAUUAUUAUAUUUCUAUGUUAUAUUAUUCAUAUGUAUUCUGUCUACUUACCAUAAAAUGUUUACCAAACUUGAAAAUCUUAAUAAUAGUUUUUGAACCAUUUAAUUAAUGUCUGUUUUAAUCAGAAGUAUUUGAUAAUGAUAUAAUUAACUUUAUUUGUGUGCAAUAAGUUACGUUACCAAAUUUUAAUUUACAUGUUUCUUUGUUUUAUUUUCUAUUAUUGAAAUUUUAUUGUGCCCAUCACUUUGGAAAAAUAUUCCUUUGCUAAUAUUUUAAUUUUUAGUAUAAAAAACGUAAAUGUUUAAUUUAAUUGAAUGAUAAGUUUUUAAUAUAUUAUAUGAUUUAUAUUUUACAUUAUUUGAAAAUUAAAUUAAAUUUUUGAUUACCUUCUGUAUUUUUUUCCAUGUUUUUUUACUAUCUGUUUAAUUUAAUUUUUGAUAAAUAAACAACAAACUGUAUAAAUAAAGCAAUACAUUAAAUUUACUGAUAUCAUAGUUUGUUAUAUUUAGAAAACAUUGAUAAAAUCGAAAUCUAAGCAAUAUUUUACUAUAAGAAAAUUAUUGUGCGUGCAUGUAUGUACAUGUAGAUAGACACUAAAUAGGUAUACCUACUACCUAAUUAAUAUGUUUUUAUACAGUUGAUUAAUUAAUACAAAACAAAUAAAUACAUUUUAUUUUUUA